UGUGGCCUUUAUGAUUGGAAUUUCAACCUCUACUUCUACUACAUUGAUGUAAAACAAAAUGAAGCCUUCACAACAGUUGAAGAGAGUUUUAAGACACUGUUCUGGGCUAUAUUUGGACUUUCUGCAGUGAAAUCAGUGGUCAUCAACUAUAACCACAAAUUCAUUGAAAACAUUGGUUAUGUUCUUUAUGGAGUCUAUGAUGUUACAAUGGUCAUUGUUUUGCUAAAUAUGUUAAUUGCCAUGAUCACCAGUUCAUUCCAGGAAAUUGAGGAUGACGCUGAUGUGGAGUGGAAAUUUGCAAGGGCCAAACUCUGGUUUUCCUGCUUUGGGGAGGGGAGAGCACUUCCUGUUCCCUUCAAUCUGGUGCCAGGUCUGGGGUCCCUGUUUUGUCUCUUGCUGAAGCUUAAAGGGUGGAUUUCUGAGCUCUACCCAGGGUCAUAA